AUGGAACGCUUUGGCAAAGUGACCCUUUCAAUCCAUAACUUAGAGCCAGCAGUGGCCAUACACCACCUCAGAACGGCCUUAAAGCCAGGACCUUUCGUUAAUAGCAUCUGUAAAAAACCACCUGUCGACCUAGACGAGUUAAGAAGUCGGGCUGCAAAGUAUAUGCAGAUGGAAGAAUUGUCUGAGUACCGAAACCAAGUACGGAUGGACCAAGGGUCCAAUUCAAAAAAUACAGACAGGAGAGAAGCUUUCAAGGCUAGGCAGGGAAAUGAGAGAAGAAAUGAACUUGAAAGGUCACCCCGGGGACCUAAGUACCCUUCUUACACUACGCUCAAUACUAGUCGGUCUAGAAUACUUGAUCAGGCAUUGGUUACAGAAAUAUUGAGAAUGUCUAGACGCGCCAACACCCCUCCUCGAGCAGAUAAAAGCAAGUCUUGCAAAUAUCAUCAGAACAUGGGUCACACCACUGAGGAGUGUACAGCGCUGAAAGAUAAGACUGAAGAAUUAAUUAAGGAAGGAUAUUUAAAAGAUUUUGUACAGACAAAUCCCAUCGGUCAAAUUAAGAGAGGAAGAGAUCAACACCCUGUACCGCCGAGGAGAUCCGAUGACAAAAGAUUUGAACGACAAAGGAGUAGGUCCAGGGGACCCCCAGCUAGAAGAUACAAUGAACGUGAGAAGUAUCCUAAAAGGGUUAUUAAUACCAUAGCUGGAGGGUUUGUAGGUGGAGGACCCACUCAUUCGGUUAGGAAGAGGCAUCUCAGGCAGGUCCAUUCUGUCAAUAAUGUUUCAUUGAGCAGCAGAAUCCGGAUCCCGCCCAUUACAUUCACUGAUGACGACUUUCAAGGAGUCGAUCCGGUGCAGGACGAUCCCAUGGUCAUUAGUGUAGAUAUUCUUAAUUGCAUCGUCCGGAAAACACUAAUUGACUAG